AUGGGCAUUCUCAUUUCCGGACUAGCCCCAAGUUCUGUGAUUUUUAUCAUUGGGCGGGCAAUAACAGGUCUCGGCUUCUCUGGAAUUAGCCAAGCUGAUCAUGAGGUUUCUAGUAUUAUUGCCAUGUCAAGACCACUGAGACAGCGGCCAACUUACAUCGGGCUCAUCAGUGCAAGCGAUUUCUUUGCGACUGCUGUCGCUCCACUUCUCGGCGGAGCAUUUACUUCCAGUUUAUCAUGGAGAUGGUGUUUCUAUAUCAAUAUCCCGAUUGCUGCUGCUCCGACAGCAGUUUUAUUGUUCUUCUUGAAGCUGCCAACUCAAGUAGCCACACGCCAUAUGAGCCAGAGAUCUAGAGAAAAGCUUUGCGAGCUUGACUCUCUAGAAUUCACUUUCUUCGCACCUGCUGUUCUUUUCUUGCUGCUGGCGGUUCUGCUUAUGCUUGGACAAGAAAAGGCCAUGCUGCCCCCAUACAUCAUUAUGAAAGGCACCAUUGCAGUGGCAUCAAUAUACAGUCUUUCCCUUUCAGCUUCUCGUGCUAUCGCCGAGUACUAUGUAAGUGAAAAUGACUUUUCAUGUCAAUUGAGGACUAAUUCGCUCGCUAGCUUCCAAUAUGGUUCCAGGCCAGUUCGAGGCGCUUCACCACUUCAAUCGGGGGUCAACACGUUACCUCUCGUAAUAUCGGUACUUAUCUUCGCAGUCCUCUCUGGUCUAAUCACAUCUUACACAGGAUCCUAUAAGCUGAUUAUGGUUCCUCCCAGUCUGUGCGUGCUUACAGGAGUGGCAUUAAUGACAAAUCUCACAAUUACCUCGCCGAGCCGAUUAUGGAUCCCAUCACUCGUACUGCUCGAAAUCGGGACCGUUAGUGGUAUAUCUGCUCCGUUCAUAGCAGCUCAGACAAUCUUGGACCCGAGUGACAUGUCAAUCGGCAUGGCUAUCAUGACCUUUUCCCAAGAUAUCGGAGAAGCAUUGUUUAUCAGUAUUGCGCAAGCGAUAUUGUUAAAUCGACUAGUUAAUAACUUAAACGAAACAGUACUGUUGUUAAAUCCCUCGGAUAUUGUUCAGCUUGGUGCCACAAACAUCUACGGCGCUAUUCCUUCGCAAGACUUGAAAGACGUUAAGAUAGCUUAUAACCAAGCUGUCAAGAGUGCAAUGUACGUAUCUGUGUCUUUGGUCGCAUGCAUGAUUUUAGUCGAUAUGUGUGAUAAUAUAAUAAAACUCCAUGUUGAACACCCAAAAGCUGUCGCUAGAAAUCCACUUCUAAAAUUCGUAACCCUCAGGAUACUAUCCCAAAUCGCUCCUCCUUAUUUACUAACCACAAAUCCAAUUAAUACAUAA